AUGGAGAACACGCUCUGUACGACAACGCGGUGUGCUGCUGAGGCCAGCAAUUUCGAAACAUACACUGGACUCUGCACACGCUCGGUGCAAAGCACAUUCCAGUCAUACGUGCAACGAGUCGACUCUCUUCGGCAGGAGUGCACGAAAAGCUAUGGCACAGACUCGAUGUGCUUUGAUGAACAGAAAUUAUGCGCUAGUCAGGAGUGGCCACAAGUACCGCAAUGGUUGAGAGAUGGAGUGACUACUUGUCUCGCCAGGGAUGCAGAUUACACUGUCCGAGCUCACUCGGGAACAUACUCAUUCAUCGUGACCAGUCUCGCCAGCAGCCUGGCUUCCUCAAUCGCUUCUCCCGGUCCACCGCAAUCACAGGCGGUGCUGCUGCUACCAACUCCUCCAAUGCUGAUGCUGAAAAGAAGUACUGUAGCGGUGAUCGUGGUCGAGUGGGUGCGUGGGCGGACUGUUGAUGCUCAUGAAGCUCCCAAAAGCGAUGAUCAUGGUGCUGAGCUUGAUGCUGAUGCAGGUAUGCAUGAGAAGGAGGGUAAGCAGACAUUCGAGCCAGACUCCAAUAUCAUGCAAGAGACGCUGGGCUGGGAAAGGCCAAAAGAGCCUGUUGAGCGUUUCGCUAGUGAUGCCGGUGUCGAGAUGGACGAUGCGCAGGAUGUCAAAGGCGAAUUGCUUUCGUCACAUGUAGGCCGGGCUCAGGAAAAGGCUUGAUGAUAUCCAUAAGGCUGGCUGUAGAUCAAGGCAGGAUCGUAGUUAGCGGCAUCGCUGGUCAGCGGAUAUGUUGGUCCAGGUUGAGCAGGUUGAGCAGGUUGCUGUGGAGACACAUCUGGCUCGCGCGGAAGUUCUUCCUCAUCCUCCUCCUCCUGACCGCCUUGCUGUCUUCGGAGCUCUGCCGUCCUCUGCUUCGCUCUCGUCUCUUUCAUCUGAAUCUUCAACCUCCGAGCUGGUCCUUCCGGGUCAAGCUUCUUCGCAAUGUGAUACAAUCUGUCCCUGCCCCAGAUGUUGUGCUUCGCAUGCAGGUACUUGUGCAGCUUCUUCAAAGA